AUGGGAAAUGAAAAUGGUCGUAUGCUCACGGCAGAUGAAAUCAGACAAAGAGAGAUUGCUCUGAUGGACGGAGAGUUAAAGAGAAAGUUGAAUACUAAAGCUACAAAAUAUCAUGUUAAAUUAGUGAUAAAAGGUGAUAGGAAUACAGGAAAGACAUCACUCUUUAAUAGGUUGCAAGGGAGACCACAUACUGAAGAAUACACACCAACACCAGAGAUUCAAAUAGCUCAUAUUAAUUGGAACUAUAAAAAUACUGAUGAUAUUGUUGAUGUUGAAGUAUGGGAUGUUGUAGAUGUAUCAACAAACAAAAACAAACUAUCUUCUUCAGCUUUACAGUUACAAGUUGGUGGUAAUAGUAAAGGUAGCACUACUACAGCUUCAAAAACAUCUACCACUACCAAUGAUCAAGAAGCUAAAACAAAACAAGAAGAAGAGAUGGAAGUGGAAUCAUUCUAUGCAGAUGUACAACAACAACAACAGGCAAGUGUUGUGGCGACAAAAAAGAGUGGUAGUUUUAAAUUUAGUAGUUUGGAUGCUCAGACGGUCGAUGUUAUGAAGAAUGUACACGCCGUCAUAUUUAUGGUCAAUCCACAUAAACGAUGGACAUUUCAAUACGUUGAAAAGGAGUUGCACAAGGUGCCAGAGGAAUCGUUUGUGUUGAUUGUCACCAACUUUAGAGAUCAUGGUGAUUGGUCCAAACAGAUAUCGAUGGGUGAGAUUGACGCACUGUGCGACACCCGUCCCUCCAAAAUGCGACAUGUCGAUGCUUCCAUGUUGAAUGCCUACGGACUGCGUGCUGUCAUUAGUUUUCUAAACAUUCCGUUCCUCUAUAUGCAGAGAAACGUCAUCAUGCAGCAAUUGGAGAGAAAUCGUUUAGAGUUUGAAUCAGCAGUCACCGAGGUGACAAUGCUUACCCAACAGCAAUCCUAUACCGAACAUGCUCAAAGAUUAGAUCAUAUUAGAUUGGAAAAGGAAAAACAAGCUCAAAGAAAACAAGAUGAACAGGCUGCACAACAACAACAACAACAACAGGCUGCACAACAGACACCAAAACAACCAUCACCUACUUUACAAGGUAAACCAUCAUCGACAUCGACAUCUCCACCGAUGGCCCCACAAUCCAAACCUCCUAUAUCCGCACCACCAGCCCAACCACAUCAAUCACCUCCGUCACCAGCUCAACAACAGCAACCUCAACCAGUUCAAAAAUCAGGAGGAUUCUUUUCAAGAUUAAUGGGAUUGUCAAAAGAAGAAGUUAAACCACAACCAGCAUCACAAGAACAGGCUCCACAACCCACCACUGCCACUACAACAGUUACACCAGCUAAAAAAGCAAUGCCAACAAAGAUAACAAGUGUAGAUCAAUUCGAUCCAGCAAGUGAAGAUGCAAUGGACAGUUUCUAUGAUGACGAACCAAAACCACAACAGAAACAAUCGUUGUUUAAAAGUGUAUUUAGUGGACAAAAGAACCAACCCAAACCAACCACUACCAAUAAUGUAAAUCUAAGUGAGUUUGAAGAGGAUGACGACGAUGAAUCAUCAAACCCAUAUGUAACUAAAGACCAAGAUAUCGAUGAAGAACAAUUCUAUACACCUGUAAAAAAACCAUCAACAAUGACUGUUAAACCAAUUGCUACUACUGUAAAUACUAGUCCAAAAACACAGGAUAUUAAAACUACAACAACAAAAACAACUACAACAACAAAACAACCACCACCACCACAAAAACAACCAAUCACACUUGGAAGUAAUAGUGACGACGAUGAUGAUGAAGAUACAAAUCCAUUUGUAACCAAGGAUCAAGACUAUGAUGAUAUUCCAGCUAAAAAGGUUACACCUGUUAAAUCGACAACUUCACCCAAACCAAUUACACAAACACCAAAACCAACCACCUUGACAUCAUCUCCUAAAUUAUCGUCCACUCCACCUCCUUCUUCUUCCUCAAAACCAACAGCAGUAUCAAAGACAUCACCUAAACUAUCAUCUUCACCAAUCACUAAACCAAAGAAGACUAUUGUAAAAGAUGAUAGUGACGAUGAUGACGAUGAAGAUUCCAAUCCAUUUGUAACCAAAGAUGAUGAUUAUGAAGAUAUUCCAGUAAAGAAACCAAUUGUCAAAACCUCAUCACCUAAAUUAACCUCAGUACCUGUAACAAAACCAGUUACCCAAACUUCAUCAUCACCCAAGCAAGUCUCACCAAAAUUAGCUUCAACACCACCAAAACCUUCUACUAUUAAAUCCCCACCAAAACCAAUUAUCGUGCACAAUGACGAUAGCAAUGACGAGGAAGAAGAAGAAAACUCACUUGUUGCAAAGAACCAAGAUAUUGAUAGCAGUAGUGAAGAUGAUUCUCAAAGAUUUACAACCUCGGUUAGUUUUAACAAGAAACCAAUCAAGGUUGAACCAAAAAAAGAGAUCAAAGCUAUAGAAACGCCAGACCACCCAACAGAUGAUGAUUUUGUUCCACCAUCUGAAGAUAUGGAUGAUUGGUUUGAUGAUGAUUAA